AUGGCGGCGCCGGGGUUGGUGGAGGCCGCUGACCCUGCCGAAGCGGUAGAGACGGCCGAAGCGGCGGAGUUAAGCCGCGCGCUGAGCCGCCUGCUGCCGGGGCUAGAGACUGACAGCAAGCUGGGCCGGCGGCGGGCGCUGGAGGCCCUACGGCGCGCACUGGAAGAGGCGGGACCCGCCACCGAUCCCGCUGCCUUCCAGGGCCCCUGGGCGCGUCUACUGCUGCCGCGCCUGCUGCGCUGCCUGUCCGACCCAGCCGAGGGCUGCCGCGUGCUCGCAGCGCACCUCCUGGCUCUGGGCAUGCAGCGCGCCGCGCGGCCACGCGACGCUCUACCGCGCCUACUGCCCGCGCUCGCCGCGCGCCUAGUCAGCCCCGAGUCCGCGCGCCGGCAGCCGCCCGAGACUUGCGAGGAGCUGCGUUUGGGGCUCGUACAGCUGCUCGGCCUGGCUGUGGGCUUAGGCGGCGCGGCGCUCGCGCCCUACCUGGAUGACGCGGUGCGCGUGUUGCGCUGCACGCUCCUCGACCCCUUCGCUGCCGUGCGCCGCGAGAGCUGCCAGUGCGCCGCCGCCCUGGCGCGCGCCACGCCGGACCACUUCCACAUGCAGUCCGAGUCUCUGAUUGGCCCUCUGAUGCAGACCAUCUCCCAUCAGCACUGGAAGGUCCGGGUGGCUGCCAUUGAGGCCACAGGCACUGUGAUCCAGUUUGGCAACGGGAAGUCCGUGGAUGAUGUGCUUUCACACUUUGCUCAGCGGCUCUUUGAUGAUGUCCCACAGGUCCGCCAGGCAGUGACCUCCGUGGUGGGGGGCUGGCUGCUGGACCUGCGGGAUCGCUACUCCUUCUUUCACAAGCUCAUUCCCUUGCUGCUGAGCAGCUUUAAGGAUGAGAUGCCCGAAGUCAGGGAGCUGGCCACCAGCCUAUGGGAGAAGGUUGGCCUGCAGUGGCAGAAGGAGAACGAGGAUGACCUGAAGGACAAGCUGGACUUUGCCUCACCACCCCCAGCCCAUUACCCUCUGCACGAUAGUCGUCCUGUGUUGGGCUGUCGGGAGCUCGUGUCCAGGAACCUGUCCAAGAUCCUUCCUGCCCUCUGCCACGACAUCUCUGACUGGGUGGUGGGGACCAGGGUGAAGGCGGCACAGCUGCUGCCUGUGCUGCUGACCCACGCUGAGGACCACAUCACACAGCACCUCGAGGUCAUCCUCAGGACCCUGCUCCAAGCCUGUGACGAUGAUGAGAGAGCUGUGGUCAGCAAUUGUGUAAGAUCUGCAGAGCUGAUCGGAACAUUCGUCCCCCCAGAGGUGUUCCUGAAGCUAAUGUUGGCAAUGCUGAAGAAGUCACCCUCCCCCUCCAAGCUCUUAGUGCUGGCAUCCGCCGUUCAAGGCUGCCCCCGUGAAGCCCUCCAGCCGCAUGUGAAGGUCAUCGCCAUGGACCUGGCUCAGACCCACAUCUGUCAAGCAUCUGAAAGUGACCUCUACCUGGAGCGCCUGCUGCUCUGCGUGCAGGCUCUGGUCUCUGUGUGUCACAAGGACUGCAGUGAGUGCAGCUUGCAGCUUCUGGAAGUGCUGGUGACUGUCAUGGCUGGCUCAGGUACCACCAGCCUCAGUGACAAGGCGCAGGAGGCAGUAGCCUUGCUGGCUGAGGUGGAGGGCAUCAGCAGCCAGGACCUCUAUCGCAAGCACAUGGGCCCUCUGUUGGAGCAGCUGACAGCAUCCCACAGUGACUGGACUGUGCACUCGCCAGAGCUGGGGCAGUUUAGUGUGGUCAUGUUUCAGGCAGGCCCUGCCCUUGGAGAGGCUCUGCAGCACGUGAUCCCUACACUCAGGGCCUGCCUCCAGCCUGCCAGAGAUCCCCAGAUGCGCCUAAAGCUUUUCUCCAUCUUGUCCAAGCUGCUGCUGAGAGCGAAGGACACUGUGGACUCCCAGGGGCAGUUUCACAACUACCUUGAGACAGUGAUUAAAGAUGUCCUGGUCCCCAAUCUGCAGUGGCAUGCAGGCAGGACAGCCGCAGCCAUCCGCACAGCUGCUGUGUCCUGCCUCUGGGCACUCACCAGCAGCGAGGUCCUGUCAGCCAAGCAGAUUCAAGACAUGCAAGGAACACUGAUGUCUCACAUUCUGACCACACUGGAGGAAGAUUCUCAGAUGACUCGAUUAAUUUCAUGCCGUAUUAUUAAUAUAUUUUUAAAAACGUCUGAUGACACGAUUGAUCCAGAUAAAUUCAUCAAGAUUUAUCCUGAACUCCUAAAACGUCUAGAUGAUGUCUCCAACGAUGUUAGGAUAGCAGCUGCCUCUGCCUUAAUCACCUGGCUAAAGUGCAUCAAAAGCACCAAUGGCAAGUCAUACUAUCAAAGUAGCAUUCAAUACCUGUAUAAAGAACUCCUCGUGUACCUUGAUGAUCCAGAAAGUGCCAUUCAGGAUGCAGUUUUAGAGGUCCUCAAAGAGGGCAGCACCCUGUUCCCGGAUCUACUGGUAAGGGAGACUGAGGCUGUCCUCCACAAACACCGUUCAGCAGCCUACUGCGAGCAGCUGCUACAGCACGUGCAGGCUGUACCAGCCACACAGUGACCAUCUCCGCUUCAGAGCCAGUGCUGCACACACAUCCUUGCCUGUGCUGGAAUUUGUGGCUUUUAAACCUCUUAAACAGGGUACCUUUUUGUCAACAGCCUAGGACGUUCAUAGCAAGACUGACAGCAAGAAGAAUGUGCUCCAGGGAACCUGCCUGCUGGGGUCCUAGGACAGCAGCCUCAGCGGGUUCUGUCAUAAUGUCUCACACUGAGAAGUCUCCCAAAAACCUACUGCUAAUUAAUUUGAAAUUAAAAAUCAAGAUCUGCUGCUUAUACUGGCAGCUACAUCAGCUUCUUUUUUUUUUUUUUAAACUUUACAUGUACUACUAGGUCAGUCCUGCUUAAAUGCCCAAAAAAGUUCUUCACUAUUUAACAAAAAAAAG